AUGCUUGAAAAAGCUCGGAAUUUGACAGGGCGUGGUGCAAAGAUAAUUUUUUUGAAUGGCAGGCUUAGUAAAGCUAUUUGUAGCGGUUUAUCCUGGCAAGCCGCGAAAAAAGAACCUGGUUUUGACAACGUUUACAUAACUAUGCCUGGUCGAGAAAUGGUAUACAUCCACCCACAAAGCGCUUUAUAUACAGUGGAACCAAAACCCGAAUGG